CAAUCAAUGUCUGUCUUCAUUUGUACUUCUACAAAAGUUCAUUUGUACUUUUUUCCUUUUAUUUUGGGGGUCUCAAAAAGUUGCAGUUUCUCAGAUGUGAAACGUAAGAACGUUUUAAAAUCUCUGCUGAUUCAGACCACGGAUCUACCAACUUCAGCAUCCUGUUUACACCAUUGGCCAACCAGAUGCCUCCGGGAAGCGUAAAAAACAAAGCAUGAAGGCAGUAGCCCUCCCCUGUCAUUUGUUCCUAACAUUUGUUAUUCAGAUGUAUAUUGCCUCUGUACAUUGAGGUUCCACUUAUGUCUAUCUAGAGCCUAUCUGUUAGUCAUGAUGGCUAAUAUCUUUUAUGAAUUUCUGUAAGCCACACAGUUAUUAAGCAGCCACCAAGCACUUGCAUCACUCCACCUGAAGACAAUGACAACCAGCAAUCAUCACCCAGUGAGCUAGGUGUUUUACAAACAGUCAAAACACACUUGACCUGUGGCUUGGAUGCUUCAAAAGAUAACACGAGGACAUGGAAAACGCAACAAUAUUGAUGGAUUCAUAGUCAAGCCAGCCUGGCAGUCGUUGUAGUAUGGUUGAAGAUAUGCCAAAUGGAAAGGACAAAAAUGGGAGUGAGCAGCAGUUGGAUUUACGUGCUUGAGAAUCUGCUAGUUGUGGAUGUUAUUUUUACCCCUGCUUCUGCUCGAGAGCCAGGCUUUGAGUAUGAUCGCUGGAGCAGCCGCCAUGGCCGACAUGAAAACAGGCGUCUUUGCGAAAAAUGUCCAGAAGAGACUGAGCAGGGCACAGGAAAAGGUACUUCAGAAGCUAGGGAAAGCGGAUGAAACAAAAGACGAACAAUUUGAAGAGUAUGUUCAGAAUUUCAAACGGCAAGAGGCAGAAGGGUCCAGACUCCAAAAAGAACUCCGAGGAUAUUUAGCUGCAAUCAAAGGCAUGCAAGAUGCUUCAAAGAAGCUUACAGAGUCUCUACAUGAAGUAUAUGAGCCAGACUGGUAUGGACGGGACGAUGUAAAAAUAGUUGGAGAGAAAUGUGAUGUGCUUUGGGAAGAUUUUCAUCAAAAGCUGGUAGAUGGGUCAUUGCUGACCUUGGAUACAUAUCUGGGACAGUUUCCUGAUAUAAAGAAUCGUAUUGCAAAGCGGAGCAGAAAGCUGGUGGACUAUGACAGUGCAAGACAUCAUUUGGAAGCCUUGCAGAGUUCAAAGAGAAAGGAUGAAGGCAGAAUUUCCAAGGCAGAAGAAGAGUUUCAGAAAGCGCAGAAAGUGUUUGAAGAUUUUAACACUGAUUUGCAAGAAGAGCUCCCAUCUUUAUGGUCAAGACGAGUUGGCUUUUAUGUGAACACAUUCAAAAAUAUCUCCAGCCUUGAAUCCAAAUUUCACAAAGAAAUAGCUUUGCUGUGCCACAAACUUUAUGAAGUGAUGACAAAGCUGGGAGAGCAACAUGCUGACAAGGCCUUCACCAUUUUAGGAGCACCCAGUGAUUCAGGUCCACUCCGCAUUGCAAAAACUCCAUCGCCACCUGAAGAGGCCUCACCUCCACUUAGUCCUGAAGCUAGUCCGAAUCAUACAUUGGCAGCACCACCUUCUCCAGCACCAGCACGGCCUAAAUCUCCCUCACAGCUGAGAAAAGGACCCCCAGUCCCACCACUACCUAAACUUACACCAACAAAAGACCUACAACAGGAGAAUAUCAUCAGCUUAUUUGAUGACAAUUUUGUUCCGGAAAUAAAUGUGACGACUCCUUCACAGAAUGAAGUUUCUGAAGCAACAAAAGAAGAGUCUUUGUUAGACUUGGACUUUGAUCCGUUUAAACCUGAUGCUGCAUCCACCGUGGUAACCCAUUCACCAAUGUCUCAGACAAGCAACGAACUGGUGCAGCCGGCACCCAGCAGUGCUUUUAAUGGAUUCACACAGGAUACUUCUUUAUUCUCAAUGCAGUCAAGCCAGAAUGUGAUGGACAACAUGACUGAGACAGAAGAAACUCCAUCUAUAGAACCCCAGGCAGAGGAAGCCCUAAGUGCACCAGAGGUGGCUGACUCAGCUCCUGAGGCAGAAGCAUACCCUACAGAGGCUGAUGAGCCAGCAGCUGAAGCUGUGGAUGCUGUAGAGACAGGAAUGAAGGAAGCAUCAGACCUUGCUGACAAAGAGUGUGAGUUACAGAUGGAUUCUGUGGUGCAAGGUCCUCCUGAAGCAGAAGGUGUUGAUGUCACUCCUGGAAUUGAAGGUGAUGACAUUUCACGAAUGGAUGAAAGUGGCAUAUCUUUCACUGAUGGAAAAGCAGCGGAAUCUCAGGAAAACCUCAGCAACAUCCCUUCAGUAGUAAUAGAACCUGCAUCAAACAAUGAGGGGAAUGGAGAAGAUCAUGAAGUUGUAGUCAACAAAUCUAAAGACAUUGUGGAAGGUGUUGGCACUCAGGAUGCUGAAGGCCUAGCAAAUGAAACUUCAGAGGCUGCAAGUGAGCCAAAAACCAUUGAAGAAGUCCAGUCUGUAUCUUCCGAAGAACAGCCUGUUACAGCAGAUGAUGGCAUGCCACCUGGCUUCCUCUUUAAGGUUGAAACAAUACAUGAUUUUGAGGCUGCCAAUAGUGAUGAGCUGAACUUGCUCCGGGGAGAUACUGUAUUAGUAGUAUCAUGUGAAGCAACAGCUGAUCAGGAAGCAGGCUGGCUAACAGGGAUUAAGGAAUGUGAUUGGCUUCAAUACAGAGAUGCAGCUACUUGGAAAGGACUCUUCCCUGAAAACUUCACCUGCCACUUGGAGUAGUUCUCAGCUCAGGCAUAAAAUAUGCUGUAGGAAGCUCAGUCCCUACAUUUCAAACCUCUCCAGUACACAGGAGCCCACCUUUAUAGUCAAGCGUCAAGGUUUACAGACUGGUGCCAGACAAAAACUUGGUGACAAAGUUCAUAUCAAAUGAGCAUGAUUGCAAGAAGUUAAAGCUAGUAUAUUGUGAAGCAGUAUGUGGAAAAAAUGUCCUUAUUUGUUCACAUAUACGUGGCAACAGGUUUGUUUGUACUUUGUCAGAGCUAUGGUGAUCCUGUAACCUUAUCCUUUCCCAUGCAAAACUUGAGUAGCCUCCUCAAUACCAGAACCUUAACUUCUCUGCACUAAAUGUAUUGUAUUGAGUUGCUACACAGCAGACCUGAUUAGUAAGUAAACCUGUAGUACUGAGGUCAAGCUAUUUUCAUUUGUGUUUUUAAAAAAUCUGCUGCAAACUUUUUCAAUGUUAUUUUCAAACACGUAUGUAUGUGUGUGUGUAUAUAUAUAUAUAUACAGAGAGAGAGAGGGGGGUGUUGUAUGUGUAUAUAGUGCAUAAGAAUCAUGGGUGGCCAACUAGCUGCAUAUGUGCCAGAGGUAACACUGCCAUGAAGGAUUUGCAGUAAAGCUGGACAGGAUCUAGAGGAUGCGCAAGUCUGGCUAUAGUAGGCAGGCUAACACUCCUGCUUACUGCCAAGUUUAGGAGACUUAGACUCAUGGGUGCAAAUUGCUUAUGUACUAUAAUAUGUCCUAGAGUGACACUGUUGUACUUUGGCCUUGAUUUAUGGCAUGUUCCCCAAAAGGUUGACCACCACUUGAAUCUACACAUUUACACAUAUCUUACCCAUUCAUUGUAGUUCCGUGAUGUAGUAUUUGUUCAUAUAGGCAUUUGCUCUUAUUGUCUGGCAUUACAGUAAAGAAUUAUGGUUGAACUGGAAACUAGCUGCUCCAUUGCCAAAAUAUUAGAUGGUAAUAUCUGCAUUUGUAAUACAAAAUCAUCAUUCCAAGAUGACAAAAAAUGUUACCAAACUCAAAGCUGCUAAAGCACCAGGGAAGGCAUGGCUCAGUCACCUCUAUAUUACCAACUGCUAUAGCUAAGGAUAAGAUAAUUCUGAUAAAGGGUGUUAUAAUGCUGAUCUUAUUUUUUAAAUUUAAUGGGCUGGAUGAAGAAAUAUGAUUCUAAUCUAUGAUAAACACAAUAUAUUUUCACUAUAUGUAUUUAUGCAGCGCACCUUCAACAAUCCCUUGAAAGUAAAAAGAAAUGAUGUAUUCUGUACCAAGAGGUCAUAUGUAACUAUUGUUUUCCAGUG